UAUAUAUAUAUAUAUAUAUAUAUAUCUUGUUCUGUUCUGUAUAUCAGUAAUAAAUUGCAGCAGACCUGUGCUUUUUUUCAAGGCUAAGUUAAAUUGCUGACUAGCAUCCAUGGGAAGGGAAGAUUUAGUGUGAAGUCUCUAAAAUUAAAAAUCAGUGAUUUAUGCAGAUGAAGCAAGAUCAUUAAGUUUUGCUAAAAAAAUUUUGUUGAAGGUAUAUGUACCAAAUCAAUAUAUAUUUAUGAUAAGAAGGUACAAAUAACUGAAGAGAAAUAGGUUAUCUCAUGGGUUUAAAAUAAUUAUUUUGCUUUGAAAAUUGAAUUCAGGAGUUUUUCUUCCAUAAUGUCUUUGUGUGUGUUUUUUUCUGUUUCAUUUGCAAUUUCUCUUCCCCCCCCCCCAAUCCUUAUAUGGAGUAUCUUUCUUAGUAUAUACUACUAAAGCUCUCGUUUUUUUAAAAAAAAAUCAUUUCAAUUUUUCAGUUUUUUAAUCAAUGUACCUCAAAUUGGCUAAUUUACAGAAUGCAUCCAAAAUCUGGGACCCAUGACGUGGGAUUGAAAUUUGGCAAAAUUUUGGCUGCUUCAUUGGUGCUGUGUGGCCACGCUGCAGUCACAUAAUUUGUCCACAAUGAAAGAUCAACACUAAGAUUCAGAAUAUAACAUCUAUUUUAAAAAAUAAUUUUAAAAAGAGAAAUAGCAAAUGGGAACAAGGAGUGGGCUAAAUUAUAAAGAUUUCAAGUUGAUUCGUUUCAAUCCCACCAGCAUUGCAAAAGCUUUUUAUAUUUUUGGUUGCUUUUAUUGUGACAUUUUUCCCCCUAUUUGUGUGUCUAUUUUAUAAAGAGAUUGUGACCGAAGACUGCAAAUUGUACCUUUGAAAAGAUUAGGAAUUAGGGCCUUAUUGGUGCCCACAGUAACAUCAUUUUGAUGCCAGUUAAAGACCUUUGUAUCUUCCUACCUUUUUAACUGCUUUUAAUGUAUCUCAAUUCUCAUUCGUUCAUUUCCUAUAACCAGCCAAUCAAUGACUCUGGGUAGUUUACAGUUCAGAAAAAUACAAUUAAGCCACUAAAAACAUCUGAAAACAGUAAACAAACAAAGACAUCUAAAAUAAACAUAACAUAGCAGCUGAGAUAUUUGACCAGUUAGUAAUGCAGCUGGGAAACGGGGCCCUUGAACACAUCCCAGGCUCAGGUACAUAGCCAGUUUUUUAGGGCCUUACAAAAAUUUAACUGUCAGAGCCAUUCAGAGGGAGGAUGUUCCCUAAAGCAGGGACCACUGUGGAAAAAGCCCGUCUUCUAGGUCCAGCCAUUCGACAUUCUUUGCCUGAUGGGAUAUCAAUAUUGUUUUGGUUUCUGAAUAAUAGCUAUCUAGUUUAUGUAAUGUUUAUAGUUUAUUUUACGUUUGUAUUUAAAUUGCAAUUUAGUGUGUUUUAUUACACAUUUCCCAGAGAGCUCCAGCUAUUGGCUGGUUCAUACACAAUAAAUAGUGAAAUGUUUUAAAAAUUAAAACAUGUAAUCAUUUUUUUGCAAAACACUUCGGAAUUCUUUUACUAAUUCAUUUUUAAAUUUAAUCAUUGUUCAGUGAAUUAGGAAUAUGUUAUGCAAACACAGCCUCAGUAUUAUUUAUCCCCCCCCCUUUUUUUUAAUUUUCCAUACAAGUGUGCAAUAUUCAUGUAAAGACCAUAUUUGAAAUAUCCAUUUUUGGAUUGCAGUUUAGAAAUGGUAUAAUAUUCAUAGUUUAAUCCUGGAUGUUCCUAUAUAUUGUGUAGUUGUCCUUAUGAAGACAUUAGUUCCUAUAGAUGCAUGCAAUACUGCGGUUAACAUUCUCGCCAUAGUAUUAAAUAUAUUGCUUGGUCUCUCUUUUUAGGUUCCCCUAAGGAUAGAGUGAUUUAUUGUCACGGAGCUGGUUUGCAUACUACACAAGCUGUUCUAGGAGGAAUGGAUGGCCGGACUGGCAAAAAAGUGAAUAAAUAAUGGGAAACGAAGCAUUUGUAGCAGCGGUGGCCGUUUGGCAGCAGCACAGAGAGCAAGACUCAAGAGACUUUGAAAAAGGCAGCUAUGAAGUCAGAAGACAGCCAGGCGUUCUCGCAUGCGACGGGAGGCCUGCUGCUUUGCAUACUAGCGGUGUCUUCGGGAAUAUUUGAUGGCGCUCACACGGAUACUGGCUACGAGCAUUACGCUGAGCCAACGGUGCCUGGAAUGCCAGCCUUCCUUGCUAUGCCAGCCAAUUGCUUAAUCAAUUUGGCCUACGUACUUCUGGGUUGGUAUUGGUGGCGCCCGGGUGACAAGAGUAGGCAGGCCUACUUUCAAGAGAUCUUUGCCCUCAUGGCGCUUUUAUACGGGCCUACGCAAUGGCUCCGGCUCUGGACGCAGCAUCACCGGGCAGCUGUGUUAGAUCAGUUGUUAACGCUACCAAUUUUUGCUUGGGUCAUUGUUUGGUGCCUCUUUCUUGAAAAUGGGUGGGAGCCGUACGUUUUCCUAGCCGUAGAAGUGACUUCACUGUCUAGUUACGUCCUGGCAGUGCUUCACCCACAGGGUUUUGAGUUGGCAUUGAGCGGACAUAUAAUUGUUGUUUUUUGGAGAGUACUGAAAGUGCAAAGACGUUUUGGCAACGCCAGUUCCAUCUGGAUUAUAGUCCUGGGGACGAUGUGCUGCUUCGGUUUUGUAAGCCUCAAAGUGUGGGAUCGGGAACUGGCGCAGUGGGCGUUCUUCUCUCGACUCACUGGCCAUUUUUGGUCCAAGGUGUGCGAUGUGCUGCAGUUCCAUUGUGCUUUUCUCUUCCUUACCUUAAUGAGCAGACGCCGGCUAAGCUCAGCGAAAUAAUCUUAAGACAUCAAUGAACUGUCUUAAUCAAAGGAGAAACUUAUAACAGUACAAGAACAUACUCUAAUGUGGUUUGAAAGAAUUAAAAACUCUUGCUAAAAUAUGCCAGUUUCUUCAAAAAGGUAUUGAAGAUAGUUGGUGAAAUCCACACAGCAUCCACUCGGUUUAUUUCCCAGUUGAAUAUAACGCUGUUUUAUAAAACCACAAAGGGGAGAAAAAAGUUGCUGGUUCAUACAGUAGUCCUCAAUUUACAGUGGAGCAGAUUCAUUUACAUUUUGAAAGUGCAAAAUGGGAUCACUUGAUCCACGUGGAGAAACACGCCCGUCUCAGUGUAGAAGAACUGCUCCGGAGCGUGACUUGAAUGAAAGGGAUUCACAGUCAUAUGACAAAGUCAUUUUCCUUUCAUUCUGAAUCACUGCCUUUGGAAGGUCACCGUUCCUCAGUUUUCUUUCUUAAGGCCUGUGCAGACAGUAAUUUCCUGAGCCCACUGUAAGUUGGCUACAGGAAUAUAGUAGUCCUCAACUUACGACCACAAUUGGGCCCGAACUUUAUGUUGUUAAGUGAGACAUUUGUUAAGCGAGUU